AUGAUCAGAUUUGCCACCCGUUUAGUGAGAUAAUUCUCUUCUAAAAUUGAUGAAAUAAUUGAUAUUGGAAAACCUUCUCUUUCAAAAGGAGUCCUGACUAUUUGUCCAACCCCCAUUGGAAAUUUAUAGGAUUGGACUCCAAGACAAGACAAGGCACUCUUCGAGGCAGAUGUAAUUGCUUGUGAAGACACUAGAAUAACUGGAUUUCUCAUAAAAAUGAUUAGGAACAAGAAAUUAUCUAAUGAACAAUUGCCAAUUCCAGAAAAUCCUAAAGACUAUGAUUUAGAUGAUGAUGACUUCACAAUUCAAGAUGUUAUAUUUGAUUCAACCAAAUAACUAUAAGUUAAAUUACCAGAAUUAAAUCAAUAAGAAAUCACUGCUGCAGAUUUUAACUUUUAUAAAUAAAAGAAAAUUGAAGAAAUGAAAGAACGCGUAACUCAAGAAGUCAAAAAACAAAAAGAAUACUUAUCUGAAUAGGACCCAUUACAUUUUAUGGGUAAACAAGAAUAUGAGGAAGAAGAAAUGAAUCCAUCUGAAUACGAAGUCUAUGGAUUGACUGCUCCAUUUAUGGUGUAUCUCAAAAGCAAAAUAGCUGUAGCUAAGAAACGAAAAGGAAGAGGAGUCCUAAUUAGUUGUCAUAAAUUUAAUGAAGAAAAAAGAAUUGACAGAAUUAUUGCAAUGCUCAAAAUGGGUUUAAAUAUAACUUUAGUUUGCGAUGCAGGAACUCCUGCCAUCUCAGAUCCAGGUUACUAAUUGGUGAAUAAAUGCAUUGAGAGAAAUGUGAAAAUUGAUGUAAUACCUGGAGCCAGUGCCAUUUCAGUUGCUUUAAGCACUUGCGGAUUUCCUACUGAUAAUUUUACGUUUUUAGGGUUCCUUUCAAAAGAACAACAUGAUAGAGAUGAAAAUUUACGAUUUUUUUUAAAAUCUCCUCGCACUUUAGUUUUAUUCGAAUCACCAUCCAGAGUUCAUUAAACAUUAUUGACUAUUGAGAAAAUCUUUGGAGAAACAUAAGAACUUUGGAUUGGUUUUGAAUUAACUAAGAAGUUUGAAAAAAAAAUCAGAGGAAAAUGUAGGGAAGUCUAUGAAAUGUUGACAGAUCCAAAAGUGAUUAGACCGUCUCAUUUAAAAGGAGAAGUAACAAUUAUUAUUGCUCCUUAUACUGCUACUUAUAAUGAUGAAUUAAGAGCUGAAUAGUUCUCAACAGGAAACAAAUAAAAUGAGUUUUACCAGGAAGAGGAAGAAAGUAUCCACAAUUUAAUCAAGAAUGUUGACGCCUUACAAGUUGCUUAGGCUUUUGGGGAAAAGUUCCGGGGAUCUGAUAGAGAAUUUAAUGAUGUGUUGCAGAAGGCGUUGAGAAUAUCUAAAACAAAGGCUACUAAAUUAAUUGUGGAGGUUAGACAUAUGUAAAGAAUUGAGUAGAACUUAAAAAAGAUAAGAGAUAGGUUGGGGGAAAGAGAAGAGUAUUUUAAAUGA